CAGGUUCAGCUCUCCUUUCUUCCACCUGGCCAUGGCCAACAUCACACUGAAGCCGCUCUGUCCACUCUUGGAGGAGAUGGUCCAGCUUCCAAACCACAGCAACUCUAGCCUCCGCUAUAUUGACCACGUGUCGGUGCUGUUGCACGGGCUGGCCUCCCUGCUGGGCCUGGUGGAAAACGGACUCAUCCUGUUUGUGGUGGGCUGUCGCAUGCGCCAGACGGUGGUCACUACCUGGGUGCUGCACCUGGCGCUGUCCGACUUGUUAGCCGCCGCCUCUCUGCCUUUCUUCACCUACUUUCUGGCAGUGGGCCACUCGUGGGAACUGGGCACCACUUUCUGCAAGCUACAUUCCUCGGUCUUCUUCCUCAACAUGUUUGCCAGCGGCUUCCUGCUCAGCGCCAUCAGCCUGGAUCGCUGCCUGCAGGUGGUGAGGCCAGUGUGGGCACAGAACCACCGCACGGUGGCGGCCGCGCACAGAGUCUGCCUGAUGCUCUGGGCUCUGGCGGUGCUCAACACAGUACCCUAUUUCGUGUUCAGGGACACCAUCCCGCGGCGUGAUGGCCGCAUCAUGUGCUAUUACAACUUGCUGCUCUUGAAUCCAGGGUCUGACCGCGACACCACGUGCGACUACCGUCAGAAGGCCCUGGCGGUCAGCAAGUUCCUGUUGGCCUUCAUGGUACCUCUGGCCAUCAUCGCCUCGAGCCACGUGGCUGUGAGCCUACAACUGCAUCACCGUGGUCGCCAGAGGACAGGCCGCUUCGUGCGUCUGGUGGCGGCCAUAGUGGUGGCCUUCAUACUCUGCUGGGGGCCCUACCACAUCUUCAGUCUGUUGGAGGCGCGUGCCCAUUCUGUCACCACGCUACGGCAGCUCGCGUCACGUGGGCUGCCCUUUGUCACCAGCCUGGCCUUCUUCAACAGCGUGGUCAACCCACUACUCUAUGUGCUCACUUGUCCCGACAUGUUGCACAAGCUGAGGCGCUCGCUACUCGCGGUGCUUGAAAGCGUGCUGGUGGAGGACAGCGACCUGAGUACUGCGCCCGGCAAACGCUGCCGCCGCCGCCAUCGCCGCCGCGCCUCCUCCACCACCGCCCCAGCCUCUACCUUACUGCUGGCUGACCGAUUUCCCCAACUGCGUCCUGCUCGCUUAAUCGGCUGGAUGAGGCGUGGCAGUGCAGAGCUCCCACGGAGGGUCCGAGAACAGUCCCAGGAGAAGCAGGGCUCAUUGAGCUGUACUUUGGAUUAGACGGGCACAGCCCAGAAGCUGUGCCAACACAUCCUGGGCCUC